GCUCACAGUUCCACGGCUAUAAGUUAUGUCAAGUUCGAAUACGACAAAGGCGGCAAAGUGGAAACACAUGAUCAUGGGAAGGGGCAACAAGCUCCGGAAGAGUUUGAGCUUGACUACCCGAACGAAUACGUCACAUCCGUGGGGGGAACCUUUAACCCAGUUCAUAUGUUCGGGUUAUUGGGCAAUGACCUCGUUACCUCGCUUACCUUCAAAACGUCCAAGGGGAGAACCUCUCCAACAUUUGGCUCUAAAGACGGUAUCGAGUUUGUAAUUGAAGACAAAGGGCGAAAAAUUGUCGGGUUCCAUGGAAGAGCCGGCGACAGUCUUGAUGCUAUCGGAGCUACUUUUGCGCGCAUUCCAUUGUCCUCUUAUCCUCUGAAUGAACUAGAUGCCCAAGGUGGCAAUGGAGAAGGUGCUUGGGAUGAUGGCACCUACGACGGUGUAAAAAAGGUCCACGUUGAACAAAACGAUUUGGGCAUUGCUUAUGUUAAGUUCGACUAUGACAAGGGCGGGAUAUUGGAAACGCGUUGUCAUGGGAAGAGAGCUCAAGAAGCGACAACGUUUGUGCUUGAUUAUCCGGAAGAAUAUAUCACAUCAGUGGAGGGAACUCACGCCGUCGAUCCAUACAACACUAGGAUCGUUACGUCGCUUACCUUCAAAACGUCUAAGCAGAGAACGUCUCCAUCGGUUGGAAUUGUGACGGGUUCGAAAUUUGUGCUCGAGGACGAAGGGGGCAAACUCAUUGGGUUCCAUGGGCGUGAUGGUGAUGCUCUUGAUUCCCUUGGAGCUUACUUUGUGCCGAAAUCUUUAACCAUUCCUCCUUAUAAAUCCGAGGUGAAGGGUGGAAAUGGAGGGAAUGCUUGGGAUGAUGGUGUCCAUGAUGGUGUAAGGAAAGUGUACAUCGGACAAAAUAAUUCAGCUAUAUCUUAUGUCAAGUUCGAGUAUGGCAAAGAUGGAAAGUUUCAAGCACAUGAUGAUGGGAAGAUAGAACAACAGCCCAUUGAGGUCAUGAUUGAUCUGUUGCAGUUUGUGCUUGAUUAUCCAAACGAAUACAUCACGGAAGUGGAGGGAACUUUUGACGACGUGGUGACGUCUAUUACCUUCAAAACGUCUAAGCGGAGGACUUCUCCGGGUCUUGGUCUUGCGUCCGGUGCAAAAUUUGUGAUCGAAGGGGACGGACGAAAAAUUAUCGGGUUCUACGGACGAGCAGGCGACACUCUUAGCUCCCUUGGAGCGUAUUUUGCAUCACCGGCCGAGAAACUUCAAGCAAAAGGCGGUGAAGCAGGAGAUUCAUGGGACGACGGUGUGCGGAAGAUAUACAUAGGGCAAGGCGAUUCAUGCGUGGUCUUUGUCAAAUUUGUGUAUGAGAAGGGUGAGAGGCUCGUAGUUGGAGAUGACCACGGGAAGAAGUCCCUUAUUGGAAUGGAAGAGGUCAUUUCGAUUUCCAUAGCUUCAGGAAAUGAGUUUACAUAUGCUUCAACUAUACAUUAUAUCCCUAACUUGUACCGAUUCUCAGGGGUUUUUUCGCAGUUUGAGCUCGACUAUCCCAAUGAAUACAUCACAGCGGUGGAGGGAUGUUAUGAUAAGAUCUAUGGAACUCAAGCUGAAAUCAUUACAAUGCUAAGGUUCAAGACGAACAAGCGAACAUCUCCACAGUUUGGAACUGAAGCGGGAGCUGAGUUUACACUCGAGGAGAAAGAUUGCAAAAUCGUCGGGUUCCAUGGGAACGCGAGCAACGUCCAUCGAGUUGGAGUUUAUGUCGCGCCAAUCACUAACUGA